AUGACCAUAACCGCCCUCCCACCACUAUUCUUCUCCCCGGUUCCAAAUCUUGGUUUAACACCCAUCCCACUACCACCCAAGGAACCCAGCAUAUACGAUGACCACAUCGACGGUCUCGCCAGGACUUGGGCCCCAGGCAAGAAGUGGACGACGACGCUGUUCGUUGCGUGGCUGGCUUUCAUCUCUCCGCUAGCAAGCUCCAUGAUUGCGCCGGCAGUAAGUUUGAUCCGGAGGGAGUUUCAGUAUGAAGGGCAGGAUUAUGAUACCUUUUUGGUGUCGGUCUUUAUUUUCGGUUAUGUGUUUGGUUCCCUCAUCGCUGCGCCGUUGAGUGAUAUGUUUGGACGCAAGGUCGUGCUCGACAUAUCAACCACGCUCUUCUGGCUUUGGGAACUCGCCUGCGCCCUUGCUCCCAAUGUCACUUCACUGCUCAUUUUCCGCCUCUUUGCGGGUCUUGGAGCUUCUGCAUCACUGUCCGUUGGCGGUGGUGUGAUUUCUGACUUGUUCGAUGACAACACGAGGGGCGGUGCGACUGCUUUAUUUGCUAUAGGGCCUGUCAUUGGGCCUGUGAUAGGACCUAUUGCGGGUGGGUUUUUGGCGGAGAAUCGUGGAUGGCGAUGGAUCUUCUGGCUUCUCUUCAUUCUCAGCGGAUUGACGUUAAUCGGCUUGAUCUCCUUGAAUCGCGAGACGAAUCCAGAGAUUCUUUCACGGAGAAGGGAUGUCGAUGUCAGGCAACUCACUUUGAAACAACGCGAGGAUGAUCGGAGUGUCACCAAAAAGGAGUUGCUGAGGGCAAUGGUUCUGCCGUGGAAGAUGCUUUUCACAGCUCCUAUUGUUGCACUCCUGUGCAUCUAUGCGGCUUUCGUAUACGGCCUUCUCUACCUGCUCCUGACUACCAUCACGCCGACAUUCGUUUCCGUGUACGGCUUCACACUGGGCAGCGCAGGUCUGGCGUACAUCGGUCUUGGAAUCGGCUUCCUCAUCGCCGUCGCCAUAAUAGGCGGCACGACCGAUCGCCACAUUGCCAAACACAAAGCCCGCAACAACGGCGUCCUCGUUCCGGAACGCCGCCUCCAACUCUGCAUCUACUUCUCCUUCCUCAUCCCGGUCUCCUUCUUUUGGUACGGCUUCACCGCCAACUACGACACGCACUGGGCAGCGCCCAUCAUCGGUCUGGCGCCCUUCGCUAUCGGCAUGAUUGGGGUCUUCCUGCCCAUUCAGACCUAUCUCAUUGAUGCGGCUCCCGUGUAUGCGGCCUGCAGCACGGCGGCGCUGGCGAGUAGUCGGAAUGUUGUGGGGACGUUUUUGCCGUUGGCGGGGCCGCGGUUGUAUGAUGCACUCGGUCUCGACUGGGGCAACGCAACGUUGGGUUUCAUUGCCAUAGUGCUGAUCCCGGUGCCUGCGCUGGUGUAUCGCUAUGGCGCCAAGUUGAGGAGUAUGUCUGCUUGGAUGAGGAAUGGAGAUGAAGAGGCGAUGAUCCACCAGCCGAGGGGUGAGGCUGUGGGUGUUGAUUUUGGGAAUGUCGCGAAGGAGACGCAGGAGUAA